CGGCUGUGGGUUCAGAUGUGCUCAGGGUGAUCGCUGAAGAUGCAGAUGUUUCUCCAGAAAACAGCAAUAUUACAUAUUCUAUACUGCCUCCAGCACCAGAUGAAUUUGAAGUGAGAGAUGAUGGAAACAUCAGGCUGACACAACCUCUGAACUACGACAGUGCUCAACAAUACAUCUUCACCGUGCAAGCUAAAGAUAAAGAUGAAUUCAGUGACACCACAACAGUUACAAUAACAGUUGAAGAUUUCGACAAUCUAAACCCUUAUUUUGAUCACAGUCUCUACAAGGCAUCCAUUGAGGAAAAUCAGGUAGGACAGUUUUCAGACGUCACUCCUGAGGCCAUAAAAGCUCAAGAUGGCGACACGGGCAUCAACGAGCCUGUAGUUUACAGCAUAACAGCAGUCUUUCCAAAUGAAUAUCAGAGCAACUUUGUAAUUGAUGAAAACAGUGGAGUCAUCUCUGUGACAACAGCACUAGACCGAGAGGAAAUAGACCAGAUAAAUGUUAACAUACAGGCAACUCAGCAGGAUGAUGCCAGUAAGACGGCUAACGCUGUUGUGUCCGUCACCAUUGAGGAUGUGGAUGACAGCCCUCCGAAAUUUGACCAGGAUGAGUACACUGUAUCUAUUCUGGAAAAUUCACCUCAGGAUCAGUUGGUUCUUCAGACUAGAGUCACCGAUCCGGACCUGGGAGGAUUCUCUAAAGGUCAUUUUAUCAUGGAUAGCGAUACCUUCAUUAUCAACAGUCAAGGAGUAAUAUCACUCCGGAGCGACGCCUCCUUGGAUAGAGAAACUCAAGACAAUUACAAUAUACAGGUAAUAGCUGUAGACCGGCCUGUCGAUGGUUUAAGCUCCACAGCUCAGGUCAUCAUCACUGUUCUGGACGUCAACGACAACAACCCACAAUUCCUUCCUCUCCCAGAGCCCAUUGAAAUUCAGGAAGGUGUGUACACACCCUCAUCACCUGGAGAGGUGUGUGAAAUCUUAGCCACAGAUGCAGACAUUGGAGACAACGGACGUGUCACCAUCACUACAUACUCACACAGUGAAAUAUUCAGAUUCAGAGAGGAUGGGACUCUACUAGCUAUCAAGGACCUUGAUCGAGAGAUACAGGAUGCUUAUGAUGUGCUCAUUGUUGCCAAUGAUCAUGGGAUGCCACAGGGAAAUAACAUCACCACAGUGAGGGUCAGUAUCACAGAUGUCAAUGACAACGCUCCAGUUUUCAGCUCCGACACCUACAGCAAAAGCAUUCUGGUUAAAGACGCCAAGGUUGGAGAUGUGCUGCUGACGCUCUCAGCCACAGAUAAAGAUGCUGGAAGCAACGCGCUGAUUAACUACAGUUUCUCUGAAGUCUCCUCAAUGGUCACACUGGAUGCUGAAACAGGAGACAUCACUUUGACCUCUGACCUUAGCGGGGUAACAGAAGACACACUGCUAACCCUUACUGCUAUAGCGACAGAUCAUGGAACACCACCAGAAUCUGAUGAAGCGGAAGUCUUGAUCUACUUCAGAAUUGCUCCUUUCACUGAGACUGUGGUUUUUGAAAGCUCCUCCUACAAAUUCACAAUAAAGGAGAAUGAACCUGAGGCAUCAAUAGUGGGCAAGGUCAGAGCAUUAACAGGUGAUCCACUGGUUAUGGUCAGCUAUAACAUAAAGUCACACAAGGAUGUCUUCUCUGUGGAUGGUGAGGGAACCAUAAAAGCUCUCAGACCGCUGGACAAGGAGGAAGAGGAGUGGUACAUCCUCACAGUAGAGGCCAUAGACUCCAGAACUCCUCCAAACACUGCAGAGACAACGGUCAGCGUUCAGGUUGAGAACGUGAAUGAGGCUCCUGUGUUUGAUGAUGAAAUAUAUAAAGCAGAAAUUUUCAGUCUCUCUCCAUACAAAUACCCUAUAGUGAAGGUCCAGGCAUCGGACCCUGAUGUGGGCGAGAGCUCAGAACUGCAGUAUUUCCUGCAGGAGUCCACAACUCUGCUGGAUGUGGAGGCAAACACUGGUCAGAUCUACGUACUGGAUGCAUCCACUUUUAGGGACAAUUCAUUCACCUUUCAUGUUAAAGCCACUGAUAAACAUGGACUGUCCACGACCACAACAGUACAGAUUGAAGUGAAACAAAGUGUACAUCGUGACAGCGUCUCAGUAAUGUCCCUAAACCAGCCUGUUUACAUAGUGGAGAAAAAGAUUCCAGAGAUGGAAGAAUCCAUGGAGAAAGUUUUAGGCUGGACUGUGAAAAUCCUCAGUGUGAGAGCUGAGGAUGGGAUUGAGAUGCGCACCAUUCUCAGAGAAUCUGCAGACAAAACUUACGUCAGUUUCAUUGCCAUGGACUCCAGUGGAGCUGUCAUCCAAGCCACAGAGCUCAAAGAGAAACUGAACACUGAGCUCAAAGCUUUAACAUCUGAACUGGAGAGCGUUUUUGGUCCUGGUUUGGAAAUCAAAGUGGAGGACAGUCCUGGAAACCCUGAAGGUCCCAAUCAAGCAGUUACAAACGCUCUCAUCGCUGUCAGUGUUCUGCUGGUUAUAAGCAUUGUGACUUCAGUGUCGACAAUUAUCCAUCUUGUCAAGAAAACAAAAGAUUCUGACAGACAGAGUUUAAAUCCUGACAUUGAUUUACAUAAAAAGAGAAACAGCAUUGACCACCUUGCUGACUUUAACACAAACCCAGAAUCCAGAGAGGUAAAGGUUGAUGAUAGUAACAUAUGACAGAGAAUCUGAGAAUGGUGGAAACAGCACCUGCCCUCUGAAAACUCCCUGAUGGAUCAAAGCUCCUCACUUCUUCUCAGUAGUGCACAGGACUUCAUGAACUUAUGUCUUGAUUGAGACACAUUUACAGCCCUGAUCCUAAACUUGAGAUGCCUUUGUAGGCAGCAAUUUAAGGGUUGAUUUCCCAACAUGGAGGAAACAGCACAAGUAUCAGGGCUUCUAAAGACAGAAACAGGCUCUGGGCUACAGCUUUACAGUAUUAACAUCUUUGAUCAUUUGACUCACAAUGACACUCAAGUCACAACAUACACAACACAGGGUGAAUUCCCUUCAAAGAGGAGAGCAUCACUCUGCUCCACUCAUUACGUAUUACUGUCUCAUAAGUGACUGUAUGGAUCACCAGACAUGAAGCCAGACGUCACUGACACUUUAGAAGCAGGAGUGUUAGAAGCAGAUUUCAUAUUGAAAAAUAGGAAAGCUGUUAAGACAGAUGUAGCAGUCUUGUAGCACAAACAGGAGAACAUGGUGCUUGUAGUGCCACAGUCACUGGACUGAGUCCCAAG